CGUGGCAUUGUGGUGGCAUGUAUCAGCUGAUCAGAACAAAAUAUUAGAUUAAUGUCAAUUAUUGAAGAGUGCCUGCUACUGACCCGUUGUUGAUGCAAUAAAAAGAAAUCAAAAACGUUUUAUAAAACGGUUGUUAUUCCAAUUGCGUACACUGCGCAUACAACGACCAUAUAGAUUUAUCACUAGUGUAUUUGACUGAAUAGAAACAAAUUGAAGCACAAAACAAAUAUGGACAAUUCUAUAUUGAAUUUCGAAUUAUCUGAAAGUACAGUAAAAAUUGAUUCCAAGCCGAGCUCCGAGAAGAGCGACAAUUUCGAGGAGAUCGACGAUCUUUCCUCAAACGAAUCCAUCACAACAGAAAAGACUGCUGCAGACUUUGAUAGUAAUCUGCCAGAGACGGUGACGCUUCACAUAUGUGAAGAGACUGGGGCCAAAUUGUAUCUGGUAGGCACAGCACAUUUUAGCCAGGAAUCAAAGGAUGAUGUAGUGAAGGUGAUGAGGGCUGUGCAGCCUCACAUAGUGGUACUCGAGCUGUGCGAUGCCAGGAUUGAAAUUCUAUCAUUGGAUGAGGAGACCAUUCUCAGGGAGGCCAAAAAUAUCAACUUUGAUAACAUCAUGCACACCAUGAAAAAGAAUGGAGUGUACUAUGGCAUCACAUACCUGCUUUUGCUCAAUUUAAGUGCUCAUUUGACUAAGGAGAUUGGCAUGGCUCCAGGUGGAGAAUUUAGGGUUGCUUUUAAAGAGGCCAAGCAAAUACCAAAUUGUUUUAUUCAAUUGGGAGACAGGCCUAUCAAAACGACGGUCUUAAGGGCGCUGGCCAAACUCUCAUGGUUCCAGAGGAUUAAGCUGGCCUGGCAUCUCCUAUUCACUAACGAUCCAGUGAGCAAGGAGGAUGUGGAGAAGUGCAAGAAACGUGAUAUGGUUGAGCAGCUUUUAGCGGAAAUGUCCGACGAGUAUCCGACUUUGGGCGAGGUGUUCGUGAAAGAGCGUGACAUUUAUCUAACUUACACUUUGCAGCAGGCCUGCAAAAUCCAACGGAGUUUUAUUCAAGGUUUAAAACCGGACGAGGCGAUAAGGGUGGUGGGCGUUGUAGGAAUGGGCCACGCCCUCGGAAUUUCGCGGUUGUUCCCACAUGACCAGAGCAUGCAUCUCAAGGAGGUAACGGAGAUUCCGCCGCCGACGCUGACCUCAAAAAUAGUGAGCUUUAGUUUCAAGGCAACGCUGCUGACGAUGGGAGGGUACUUCAUCUAUAGGCGUCUUCCAUUAUCGGUGACGAGUGGCGCCGCUCACGGUUUCGAGAAACUGGUAUCGAAUAUUAAAGCGAUCCAAUUUUAAACAAUAACGCCACAAUUCAACUCGAUAUGCAACUACUAAAAUAUUUAAAGUAAUAUGUCUGUAACUAUACAAAUAAAUAUGCAGAUAUAUAAACGA